AAAGAUUUACGAGCUCGCAGAGCCCCAAAAAGAAUGACGAGCUGACAACAUCCAAUGAAGAACGACGAGCUGAGACCUUACAUGAGUGGGCUCCCACAAAGAAUUACAGCUAAGACCCUACAUGGGUCAUCACUCCUGAGCUUCCUGCUUUCAGGUCGUCACUCAUCAGCUUCCUGGUUUCAGGUCGUCACUCCGGAGCUUCCUGCUUCCAGGUCGUCACUCCCGAGCUUCCUGGUUUCAGGUCGUCACUCCUCAGUUUCUUGGUUCCAGGUCGUCACUCCUGAGUUUACUGGUUCCAGGUCGUCACUCCUCAGUUUCCUCCUUCCAGGUCGUCACUACCGAGCUUCCUGGUUUCAGGUCGUCACUAAUGAGCUUCCUGCUUCCAGCUCGUCACUACCGAGCUUCCUGGUUUCAGGUCGUCACUCCCGAGCUUCCUGGUUUCAGGUCGUCACUCCCGAGCUUCCUGGUUUCAGGUCGUCACUCCCGAGCUUCCUGGUUUCAGGUCGUCACUACCACGCUUCCUGGUUUCAGGUCGUCACUCCUCAGUUUCCUGGUUCCAGGUCGUCACUCAUCAGUUUCCUAGUUCCAUGUCGUCACUCAUCAGCUUCCUGGUUUCAGGUCGUCACUCCGGAGCUUCCUACUUCCAGGUCGUCACUACCGAGCUUCUUGGUUUCAGGUCGUCACUCCUGAGCUUCCUGGUUCCAGGUCGUCACUACUGAGCUUCCUGCUUCCAGGUCGUCACUCCUGAGCUUCCUAGUUUCAGGUCGUCACCUCAGUUUCCUGGCUCUAGGUCAUAAUGCCUCAGCUCCGGCCGCUAUGACUCCGGUCAUCAUUAUUUAC